AUGGAAACCUACGAACGCGAACAGAACGCCUGGCUCCAGGAAGAUGGGAGACUCGCAGAGUUCCUUGCAGCAAACCCUACAGCUCUCUUCUUCCGCUUAAUGUGGAUUGACUACUUUGGAAUCACCAGGGCGCGAAUGCUUCCCAGGUCUCACCUAUCCGACUUACAGCGAAGUAACAGCCCCCUAUCAGUCUCUCCCGGAGCUCUCAACGCCCCAUAUGUUCCAGAGAGCGGGAGAUUGCCACGACCAGGAGCUGCCAAGGUCCAUCCCGACUGGGAUUCUCUUCGACUGUGCAAGUUUGCUCCCAGCCACGCACAGAUGAUAUGCUAUAUUAGCGAAGAGUACGACGGCUCCUUCUUUGAGAAUGAUCCUAGGACCAUUCUUCAAAAAUCAAUCAUACGCGCAGAGUCUUACAAUUCGCGAAAAGUACUCGUGGGCUUUGAAACGGAGUUCUUCCUUUUGAAUCCAUCCACUACGCUGCCAACACCUAUUCAGAACGGGAACAAUUGCUGGAGUAUGGCUGGACUGAGAGGGAAGCAUUUAGCUGCGCUGGAGCAAAUGGUUAGGGUUUUGGAGCAAUCGGGUAUCCCAGUUCAACAAUUUCAUACCGAGAAUACAAAUGGGUUCUUCGAAAUUGCUACUUCACCAAUGAGUCCUAUGGAAGCAGUAGAUGCCUUGAUCUACACACACGAGACCAUUAAAACAAUCGCAGUUGCACAUGGAUUUCAAGCCACUGUCUUUCCCCAACCAAGUGACGUGGAAGUCUUCGCAGGCAUGCAUGCUCAUGUCUCAAUCACGCCUGCAGAUGAUGAAGACGCUUUUCUAGCUGGCAUGCUCCAACUUCUGCCCGAAAUCAUGGUCUUGGGAAUGUCGAAUUACGAUAGUCAUGUCCGGUUGAGAGAACUUUCGCAGACGACUGGUGAAUGGGUUAGUUGGGGGACAGAAUUCAGAGACGUUCCCGUGAGAAAAAUAUCUUCAGGUCAUUGGGAAAUUCGAUGUAUCGAUGGGACGGCAAAUAUGUAUCUCGUCUUGGGAGCAAUUUUGGGUGCCGGAUGUAAAGGUUUGGAGGAGAAAGCUCGCUUAAAGUGGAAGGACUGUCAGAGCUCUCCUGGGUUGAUGACUGAGGAAACCAGACUGGAUUAUGGUGUUGCUACUAGGCUACCCAAAUCGAUGAAGGAUGGCUUGGAGACUCUCAAGAACGGGGCUGAUGGGCUACAGAAGAUAUGUAGCAGAGGGUUUAUCGAUAAAUGGACACAUUUCAAGGGAAAGGAAGAAGAGGCAUGCUCUCAGAUGACCAAAGCUGAUAGGAGAGCAGUCUUUCUAACUAUAUACUAAACGUCCUGAUGAGAAUUAGAUGUUACACGUUGCUUCGAGUAUUCGCUACUAUAGAUCUUUUCAACAG